AAACCACCUCCAACAUCCAUCCUCGGAGCUAACCCUGCCCAUGUGCCCUACCAACCAAACACUGUGCUUCCCUGCUUGGGGACGCGUCACCCCACCACCACCCCCCCCCAUCAUAGCCUGCGCGAGCUUGGGGAAGGAGGAGGGGUUGCAGAGGAAGGACAUCGGCUACGUUCAUCACUGAGCUCGUGCGCUGCGAUUGAGACGGCCGGAGGCAGAUUGCGCAGCAAGCGGCAUCAGCGGCAGUGGCAUGCGCCCCGUGCCAUUAGCGUCUCGCGCCUAGACGUUGGCACGUCUCUUCCAACCACCGGGGGAGGGUGUCGGGACGGGCGGCAUUGUGGAAGCUUCCCAGCUAAUCGAGAUCUGCAAAUGCAAAGCUGCCUGCUGUUCGACCUGCCCGUGUCCAUCCCGCUGGGGACCGGCAUGUACAGCGGGGUCGAUACUGACAGCCCUGUCCGACGCUACGGAGACCCAUCGCCUGCACACCUGCCCCCGCUCUCCAGCUACAUGGUUGGCCGCAACAACAACAACGCGAGGCUCACGGAUCACAUGUUCUCCGGCAUGCCGCGGCCGGUGCACAUCCAGCCGCUGUACGAGGACGCGCAUGCCAAGCGCGGCCUGCUCGCCUCCGACCUCGGCAGCCUCGCCAAUGGCCUCAAGAGCCUCCAGAUGGAGCGGCCCGCGCUCGGCAGCUGCUUGCGCGCGGCGGCGGCGGCGGCGGCCGCCACGCAGCACGACGCGGUGCCCGGGUCCCCGCGUCCGGACGACGGCUCCCCGAAGCCCCACUCGACGGCCAUGUCGCCCGAGCAGGCGAUGCGCAAGUACAUGCACAGGCUGAGCAUGUUCGAGCACCACGAGAUCUUCAACUACCACGAGGUGUACUUCGUGGGGCCCAGCGCCAAAAAGCGGCAGGCGACGCUGAGCGGCGUCAACAACAACGGCUUCGACGACGAGCAGGGCUCGUACAUCCACGUGCCGCACGACCACGUGGCCUACCGCUACGAGGUGCUGCGCGUCAUCGGCAAGGGCAGCUUCGGCCAGGUGGUGAAGGCCUACGACCACCGGACGCACCAGUACGUGGCGCUCAAGAUGGUGCGCAACGAGAAGCGCUUCCACCGGCAGGCGGCCGAGGAGAUCCGCAUCCUGGAGCACCUCAAGAAGCAGGACAAGGAGAACACCAUGAACGUCAUCCACAUGCUCGAGAGUUUCAACUUCCGCAACCACAUCUGCAUGACCUUCGAGCUGCUCAGCAUGAACCUCUACGAGCUCAUCAAGAAGAACAAGUUCCAAGGCUUCAGCCUGCAGGUGGUGCGCAAGUUUGCGCACUCCAUCCUGCUCUGCCUCAACGCGUUGCACAAGAACCGCAUUAUCCACUGCGACCUCAAGCCCGAGAACAUCCUGCUACGCCAGCAGGGACGCAGCGGCAUCAAGGUGAUCGACUUUGGCUCCAGCUGCUACGAGCACCAGCGGGUGUACACCUACAUCCAGUCGCGCUUCUACCGUGCACCUGAGGUGGUGCUGGGCGGUCGCUACGGCCUGCCCAUCGACAUGUGGAGCCUGGGCUGCAUCCUGGCCGAGCUGCUGACGGGCAGCCCGCUGCUGCCCGGCGAGGACGAGGGCGACCAGCUGGCCUGCGCCAUGGAGCUGGCCGGCUCCCCGCCGGCGCGCCUCCUCGAGCAGAGCAAGCGCGCGCGCCAGUUCUUCAGCUCGCUGGGCCACCCGCGCUACUGCACCAUCACCACGCUGCCCGGCGGCUCCGUCGUGCUCAACGGGGGGCGCACGCGGCGCGGGAAGAUGCGCGGCCCCCCCUCCAGCCGCGACUGGACCACGGCCCUCAAGGGCUGCGAUGACCACCUCUUCAUAGACUUCCUCAAGAAGUGUCUGGACUGGGACCCAGCCACGCGCCUGACGCCCAGCCAGGCCCUCAAGCACCCCUGGCUGCGCCGGCGACCCCUGAACCCCACGGCGGCUGCCACGCCAAUGCCGGCGCCGGCCCUCACAGAGAAGACGGUCACCGUCAAGUACCUGCCCGUGGCCUCGUACGUGCAGACUGAGAUCGUGACCAAGCUCUUCCCCGAGACGCUCUCGCCAAACCGGCCCCGCAUCAAGAUCAUCCACUCGGAGGACGUGGAGGGCCUCAUGUACCCACAGAGGACCUGCCUACCAAAGCUCAUCAGCUGAGGUGGCUGGCGCGCACACCCCGAGGAGAUGCUGAGAUUUAAAAAAGAAAAAUGGCCCAACCAAAAUGCGCUAGUGGCAUUCGUUCUUGGAGAGUCGAUUAUUGUUGUCCUCACACUGUCCACGUAAUAACCACUUGCCCGUCUCCAUCUUGUUUCACUGAGGACUUCAAGCGCUGCCUAUCUGUGUAUAUGUAACAUCUGCCAAGUUGUCGACCACGGGAUUACAAUAAUAGUCUCCUCAGCUGCAUCGUGAGUGGCCAUUACAGAGGUUUUUAAGUUCUACCUCACUGCUUUUUUUUCAGGUGUUAAAACCUGCGCUUUGCGUAAUCACUCAAGACCACAAGUUGCACGUAAGACUGUAAUAUUCACAUGACUGUGCUUCUGUUUUGUCAACAUCACCCAGUGCUGAAGAAGUACAGCUGUUUUUUUGUUUUUAAACAGGAAAAAAAAACAUUACGUGUAGAAAUGCACUGAAAUGCUGCUUCUGUUUCGCAAUGCUCUAAAGCAAAAACACAGAGGCACAGAGAACACUGCACAACGCGCACCUGCAAGCAAACGACAUCUCCGAGGAGAAACGUCGGCCGACUUCGUUCGCUGUAUCAUCAGCACGCGGCAGGAUUGUCGCCAUUGAGAUUGCACAACUAUACAGUGUAACAGCGAGCCGCUUUUCAUUUUACGGCAAAAAAAUGAACGUGAGGGAAUCGUUGACAUCAUUGUCGGAACGGCAUGGGAAGGGAUUUGUUGGAAUUGGGUGUUUUUUCUUAUUCUCUCCCGCCAGGUGUGAGAGAAUGUAGACAAAUUAUUGGCUAUGGGGAUACUGCAUAUAUCGUAUCAUGAAGAAAUAACUUAUUAUUUUGAAGGCGUCAAAUCAACAACAACAAAAAGACGAGAAGUAAUCUGUCCAUAAAAAAGGUGACUUGCUAACAAGUGGAUUUUUGCACAAAUCAAAUAAGCAUAAUUAACAGCUUUAGUUCGUGUCAUCUUUUUUUUGUUGACUUUUAAAAUACAAGUUGUAAAAGAGACAGAAAAAAACUUGAACCAUCUUAUUUUCAAAGGUGCAAUUUACUUAAGUAACGUGAUACUCAAAACAUGGGUUUUUUUCCCUAAACGUUUCAUCAUUUGUUACUGUGCCUUGUUUUUAUUUGUUACAUAUGUGUGUAUGUUUUUAGGGCGUUUAGACUAUUUAGUUUUAACGAUUGCACUGGAUUUUUUUAAUUCCAUUGUUUUAUUUUGAAAAUGUAUAAAAAAAAUAUUUCAUGUUUUCGUUUUUUUGUUAAAUUUUUAUUUCAAGAGGUUGGUCCUUGGUUAUAGUUUCUACAAAAUACAGACUGCAAUAUUUGGAAUAAAAGAUAUAUUGACUCCUCUGAAAAUCAAUACAAUUUACAUUUCUCACAGAAAUUCAAUUUUAAUAAUGUAUUAAUGAUAUGAAAUAUACUUGAUAACAAAACCUUGAUUCUUUUAAAAAAGUGCGACUGUUAGUUAGGCAGUCAGGGUUUUAAUUUGUUACACAUCUGUGAAGAAGAGUUUUAUAGCUCAUUGGAUUCCUCCAGUAUGAAUAAAGAAUCCGAUUUUUACAUAGUACUCAAAGAGUAAAAACAAAAAAUACGAACAGCAAAAGAUUAAUGAAAGAAAAAUCCCAAAGGAAAACUGACUCUGAGUGUCCACUAAUUUACCAUGAAUUUACCAUUAAUAUAAGUGACUAAUCACAAGUUACAUUCAUUAUUAUGUGCCCAUAACGUAAAAUCCAUCUCGGAACAUGCUAAAAGAUGAAAUGUUACUCGACGAUGCAAAUGUUAAUUACGUCCAAAUGAACCAAGAUGAUUUUUUCACAGUAGCUUUGAAAAAGUUAAUUAGAGGUAGACCUGCAGAAGGCAAACAGAUUACAAGCUUCUUGGUUCUUUCGGUAAAGUCACGUAGAAGGGAAAUAAUAAAAUAAAAGAAGGAACCAAGAAGAUGAAUCCCUGCAGUCACGAAAGCUUUAAAUCGAAAAAAGAUUACAAGCUGUACGUUUUUUUGUAUUUAGACUCCACGAAAUGGGUGCUUGCCAACUGUUCCCAAGAAAUGGUCUUAAAGCUGAAAUUAACCAAUUUUAAAGGUGCUCAUUGACUGGUACUUACAAUGGGACAGUCGGCUUAGAAACGCAACACAGUAAGUCAUUACACUUUACUUAAAACACAAACAUUGCUUGCUAAGUUUUGGUUCGUUAUUUUUGUUUUAUAUUCCAAUAUGGUGCACUUGAUUUGCCGAUUGUAGUCGCUUCGCAUGUUAUAGAAAUAAGUCUGUGGCACAGAAUACACCACACGAACAUAUCUAAUGAAGGUUGUUGUGUCGUGGGGCCAGACAUCGCACUCACAUGGAUUAACGUAAAAUAAUAAAACUAAAUAAACGGAACGCUUUAUACUAUGACACUAUCAACACCGAUAAGGAUAUCGUGCCAGUCUGGGUGCACCUCCACACAUCGGUGAGGGUGCUUUUUGUUUUUUCUGCAUUGGAUUGUGUUCGCACCCACGUGCCCGUGCAUGUUUGUACCGAGAGGGCCUUUUGAAAAAAAAAAGGUGAAAUAAGCAAAAAGAAACUCAACGAAAUCGCCAAGGUCACACUGGCUCGAGCCAAUUGGAAACCUUCGACCACAACGCAUUGUCUAAACAAUGCAGUUACUUUAAUUUUGAAGAAGAAAAAAAAACAUGUCUUUUUACUGUGUGUGUACAUACACCUACGUCGAUUGUGUACGUUGAAAUUAUACGUUUCACGAUUGCAUCUUUCUGUGAAUAUGCCGAUUGAUUUACAAACGCAAGCCUCGAAUGAUGCUCGGUGGCACUGUGUAACGUAGCUGUCAGUUCGUGUCUGGCGGACUCCACCAGACGGAUUUUUUAGCCUGAUUUUGAAGGCUUAUUGUACAGGUCCACAGUAGUUUGUUCAAGAAAUGGUGUGUUUUAAAUGUUUUUAACAAAUAAAUAGAUUGUACCAGCA